AUGACCCCAUUUUCAUCCCCCCACCCCCAGCCAGUUAUACAUUCCUUGCCUUUCCUUUUCUUUCUUUAUAACAUCAUUUAUUUCCUAUGUUCUUUCUUUUUUUCUUUCUUUCUUGCUUUAAUAACUCAUAUUUCCUAUGUUUAUUUUUUCCUUUCUUUCUUUCUUUCUUUCUUUCUUCACUUGCCUUUAUUUUCUUUCUUUCUUUUUUCUUCGUGUAUUACCUCUGUUCUUUCUACCUUUUUCUUUCCUAUCACGGUCUUUCUUUGCUUCAUUUUAUUCUUUUUUUCUUUCUCUUUUACUAAAUUUUUUCUUUCUUUUUUCUUUUCUAUAAGAAACUUUAUUUAUUUUAUUUCUUUUCUAUCAAGUCAUUUUUUUUUUCUUUCUUUCUUUCUUUCUUUCUUUCUUUCUUUAGCACUUCGUCUAUUUCCUAUGUUCUUUCUUUCUUUCUUUCUUUCUUUCUUUCUUUCUUUCUUUCUUUCUUUAGCACUUCAUUUAUUUCCUAUGUUCUUUCUUUCUUCCUUUCCUUCUUUCUUUCUUUCUUUCUUUCAAUUAGGACAUUGCUUUUUAUACUUCCUUUUCUUUCUUUCUUUCUUUCUUUCUUUCUUUCUUUCUUUCUUUCUUUCUUUAGCACUUCAUUUAUUUCCUGUUCUUUCUUUCUUCUUUCUUUCUUUCUUUCUUUUUUUCAUUCUUUCUUUCUUUCAAUUAGGACAUUGCUUUUUAUAUUUGUAUAUCAUAGCCUUUUCUUUUUUUGUUUGUUUGUUUCUUUCUUUCUUUAGAACUUUAUUUAUUUGCUAUGUUCUUUCUUUCUUUCUUUCUUUCUUUCUUUCUCAUUUAUUACCCUUUCUCUUUAUUCACGCUCCCUUUCUUCUCCCCCCACCGCCACCCAAAUACAACAAAUCUAUCUAUCUAUCUAUCUAUCUAUCUAUCUAUCUAUCUAUCUAUCUGUCCUUUUCAUAUCUAUCUAUCUAUCUAUCUAUCUAUCUAUCUAUCUAUCUAUCUAUCUAUCUCAGUCUGUUCGUAUCUAUCUAUGUUCGUAUCUCUCCCCCUGUCUUUCUCUCUCUAUCUAUCUGUCCUUUUCAUAUCUAUCUAUCUAUCUAUCUAUCUAUCUAUCUAUCACAAAUACAGCUCCAACCUUACAAACCAAUGAUCAUGCACAUUAUCUAUCUAUCUAUCUAUCUAUCUAUCUAUCUAUCUAUCUAUCUAUCUAUCUAUCUAUCUCAGUGUGUACACACUAUCUAUCUAUCUAUCUAUCUAUCUAUCUAUCUAUCUAUCUAUCCGUAUCUUUUCAGAUCUAUCUCAGUCAGCACAUCUAUCAAUCUACCUCAUUAUCUAUCUAUCUAUCUAUCUAUCUCAGUAUGUUCAUCUAUAAAUCUACCUCAGUCUACACAUUAUCUAUCUAUCUAUCUAUCUAUCUAUCUAUCUAUCUAUGUCUUUUCAUAUCUCGUCCUGGUAUGUCCAUCUAUAAGUCUACCUCAGCCUACACAUCUAUCUAUCUAUCUCAGUCUGUUCAUAUCUAUCUAUCUAUCUAUCUAUCUAUCUAUCUAUCUAUCUAUCUAUCUAUCUAUCUAUCUUAGUCUUUCGUAUCUAUCUAACUAUAUAUCUAUCUAUCUAUCUAUCUAUCUAUCUAUCUAUCUCACAGAGACAUUUUUCUUUCUUUCUUUCUUUCUUUCUUUCUUUCUUUCUUUCGUUUGUUCUUUCUUUCUUUCCCUUUUCUUUCAUUUCUCUUUCUCAUUCUUUCGUUUUCUUUCUUUUCUCCUUUAUUUAGAAUCUUCAUUUAUAUCGAUCAAUAUCUAUCAUAAUCCCUUACUUAAUACUCCCUCCCUCCCUACCUUCCUUCCUUCCUUCCUUCCUUCUUUUUAUUUCUUCUUUUGUUCCUUCCUUCCUUCCUUCUUCCUUCCUUUUUAUUUUUCCUUCUUUGUUCCUUCCUUCCUUCCUUCCUUCCUUCCUUUCCUUUCUUUCUUCCUUUCCCUCCGCAUGCUCCAUUUUCCUUCCUUCCUCUUCUUUUCUUUCUUUCUUUCUUUCUUUCUUUCUUUCUUUCUUUCUUUCUUUCUUUCUUUCUUUUUUCCAUUCCGCAUCCUCAUUUCCUUCUUCCUUCCUUUUCUUCCUUUUCUUCCUUUCUUUCUUUCUUUUCCCUUCCAUGCUCCUUCCUUCCUUCCUUCCUUCCUUUCUUUCCUUUUCUUUUCUUUCUUUCUUUCUUUCUUUCUUUCUUUCUUUCUUUCUUUCUAUCCCCUCCGUGCUCUCAUUUCCUUCCUUCCUUCCUUCCUUCCUUCUUCGUUCCUUUUCUUUCUUUUCUUUUCUUUCUUCUUUCUUUCUUUUUUCUUUCUUUCUUUUCCAUCCCUCCGCAUGCUCUCAUUUCCUUCUUUCCUUCCUUCUUUCUUUCUUUUCUUUCUUUUCCUUCCUUCUUUCUUUUUCUUUUCUUUCUAUCCUUCCGCAUGCUCUCAUUUCCUUCCUUCCUUCCUUCGUUCCUUCCUUCGUUCGUUCGUUCCUUCCUUCCUUCGUUCCUUCCUUCCUUCCUCUUCUUUCUUUCUUUCUUUCUUUCUUUCUUUCUUUCUUUCUUUCUUUCUUUCUUUCCAUCCCUCCGCAUUCUCUCAUUUCCUUCCUUCCUUCCUUCCUUCCUUCCUUCCUUCCUUCCUUCCUUCCUUCUCUUAUUCCUUCCUUUCGUUCCUUUCCUCCCAUCCUUUCCCCUCCGCACUCUCAUUUCCUUCCUUCCUUCCUUCCUUCCUUCUUUUCUUUCCUUUCCUUUCCUUCAUCCCCUUCCUUCCUUCAUUCGCCUCCUUCCUUUCCUUCCUUCCUUCCUUCCUUCCCUUUCCUUUCUUUUCUUUCUUUCUUUCUUUCCCCUCCGCAUGCUCAUUUUCCUUCCUUCCUUCCUUCGUUCGUUCGUUCCUUCCUUCCUUCGUUCCUUCUUUCUUUUUCUUUCUUUCUUUCUUUCUUUCUUUCUUUCUUUCUUUCUUUCCAUCCCCUCCGCAUGCUCUCAUUUCCUUCCUUCCUUCCUUCCUUCCUUCCUUCCUUCCUUCCUUCCUUCCUUCCUCUUUCUUUCUUUCUUUCUUUCUUUCAUCCCCAUCCGCAUGCUCUCAUUUCCUUCCUUCCUUCCUUCGUUCCUUCCUUCGUCCGUUCCUUCCUUCCUUCCCUUCCCUUCCUCUCCUUUCUUUCUUUCUUUUUCUUUCUUUCUUUCUUUUAUUUUCCUUCCUUCCUUCUUUGUUCCUUCCUUCCUUUCCUUCCUUCCUUCCUUCCCCUCCUUACUUCUUUUAUUUCUCUUUGUUCAUUUCCUUCCCCUUCCUUCCUUUCCUUCCUUCCUUCCUUCCUUCCUUCCCUUGCUCCUCCUUCCUUCCUUCGAUCCUCCUUCCUUCCUUCCUUCCUUCCUUCCCUCCUUCCUUCAUUCGAUCCUCCUUCCUUCCUUCCUUCCUUCCUUCCUUCCUUCCUUCCUAA